UCACAUUAAACCUGCCGAAAUGUGUUUACACAGUUUAAUUGCUGUUUUCUUUAUUUGAAACGUUCUUUGUUAAAAAAAAAACAGAACCAUAAAGUUAAUUGCAUCUAAUUGCACUAUAGCCAGCCUGAUUACAGAGCAGCGGAAAGAUGCGUCCGUUCUCCGGCAACGAUUGCUUGAAGCCCGUCACCGAGGGCAUUAAUCGCGCCUUCGGUGCCCGGGAGCCCUGGCAGGUGGCGACCAUCACGGCCACCACAGUGCUCGGCGGCGUCUGGCUCUGGACGUUUGUGUGUCAGGAUGAAAGUCUCUACAUCCGUGGCAAGCGGCAGUUCUUUAGGUUUGCCAAGAAGAUACCCGCAGUACGGCGACAGGUGGAGGCGGAGCUGACCAAGGCCAACAAUGACUUUGAGUCGGCGAUCAAGACGAGCAACGCGCACCUCACCUACACGGUGACACUGCCCGAGAAGGGUCUGAGCAAUGAGGUGAUCCUGAAGCUGGUGGACGACCAUCUAAAGACUGGCCACUACGAGUGGCGCGAAGGUCGCGUCUCCGGUGCCGUCUACGGCUACAACCCGGAGCUGGUGCAGCUUGUUACGGAGGUGUAUGGCAAGGCGUCGUACACGAAUCCCCUCCAUGCGGACCUCUUUCCGGGCGUCUGCAAAAUGGAGGCUGAGGUGGUGCGCAUGGCCUGCAAUCUGUUCCAUGGAAAGAACGACAGCUGCGGCACCAUGACCACCGGCGGCACCGAGUCCAUUGUGAUGGCCAUGAAGGCAUACCGGGACUACGCCCGCGAAUACAAGGGAAUCACCAGGCCGAACAUCGUUGUGCCGCGCACUGCGCACGCGGCCUUCGACAAGGGUGGCCAAUACUUCAACAUUCAUGUGAGGUCCGUGGACGUCGAUCCGAACACUUUUGAGGUCGACAUGAAGAAGUUCAAGCGUGCCAUCAAUGGGAACACCAUUCUGCUGGUUGGCUCUGCUCCCAAUUUCCCCUACGGCACCAUCGACGACAUUGAAGCCAUCGCUGAUCUGGGCAUAAAGUACGACAUUCCCGUCCAUGUAGAUGCCUGCCUGGGCAGCUUUGUGGUGGCCCUGGUCCGCAAUGCCGGCUACAAGCUGCGUCCCUUUGACUUUGACGUCAAGGGCGUGACCAGCAUCUCUGCCGACACCCACAAAUACGGAUUUGCUCCAAAGGGAUCGUCGGUGAUCCUCUACUCUGAGAAGAAGUUCAAGGAUCAUCAGUUCACAGUGACCACCGACUGGCCUGGCGGCGUCUACGGCUCGCCCACCGUGAAUGGAUCUCGUGCCGGCGGCAUCAUCGCCGCCUGCUGGGCUACCAUGAUGAGCUUCGGCUACGAUGGCUAUUUGGAGGCUACCAAGCGCAUUGUGGAUACGGCUCGCUACAUUGAGAGGGGAGUUCGCGACAUCGAUGGCCUGUUUGUGUUUGGCAAGCCAGCCACUUCGGUCAUUGCCCUCGGGUCGAAUGUGUUUGAUAUUUUCCGGCUCUCGGACUCGCUCUGCAAGCUCGGCUGGAACCUGAAUGCCCUGCAGUUCCCCUCUGGGAUCCACAUCUGCGUCACGGACAUGCACACCCAGGCCGGAGUGGCGGACAAAUUCAUUGCCGACGUGCGCAGCUGUACGGCGGAGAUCAUGAAGGAUCCCGGCCAGCCCGUGGUCGGAAAGAUGGCCCUGUACGGCAUGGCCCAGAGCAUACCCGACCGGUCGGUAAUCGGCGAAGUGACGCGCCUCUUCCUGCACUCCAUGUACUACACGCCCAGCCAGAAGUAGGCAUCUGCCUUCGGCUACUCCUCCUACUGCUCCCACCCAUGCAAUCAUUGCAUCUGCAGUGCUGUUUUUAGCGAACCUCCUUGAACACCGUCUUAUCCAAGCAAUAUUUACAUAAUUACGAGCAUAAACCUACAUUUAGUGCUGUAAUCGAGGGUACAAAAAGUGUUGAUUCUGUCUACGAUAUAAUCCCACCAACUGGCGGGAAUUCUAUCCUCA